GUUUCAAAAGUGUUAGGUUAUGUGUUGCUUUAAAAUAUUUAAAUACAUACAAUGAUUUUCCUAAAAGAUGUAUUUAAAUGGAGCGUGAUAUUUAUAAUUUUCCAAAUCGCAAAUGGCGCAAAAUUAAAUGUACCCAGAGUAUUAUUACCCGUUUUCAAUAAUGUGCUUAUAAACUUUACACUGGAAAUAACGGACGGCGGCUGCUAUAGAUGGACGGUUUCGAGAUUAGAUUUGGUUAUGUUACAAACUGAGAAAACCGACCGAAAAUUGGGGUGCUCUACCAGAGCAGUACUUACUGCUAUUUCAAGAGAAAAAUCCAGGAGUACAGCCAUUGUCCUUGCUGAAGAUAUUAUUACGAAAAAUGUGUUGCGUUGUGAUGUAAUUUUAGACACCAUACAUAACCUAGGGAUAGCCACGACAACCAGAGAAUUAUUUGUUGAAGAAGCACCUGAAGCAUUUGAAGUAGAGGCUUAUGAUGCUCAGGGAAAUAAAUUUACUACAUUAGAGGGAGUGGAGUUUUCAUGGUCGGUAUCACAAAAUGUGAUAUCUCGAAUGCCAUAUGAUACAGAUGCUGAUAACCCAUCUGUCGGUUCUGUUCAAAUAACGCCUUUUAUGAAUAGUCCUUAUGAGACUCCAAGCUCUGUGUUAUGUUUUGAUGGUCAAGGGAAGUAUGGUCAUAUUGCUUUGCUAGAAGGAUUAAAUACUGGUUCUGUAAAAGUAGUAGUAAAAUUGGCUCAACCAGAAUAUAGUCAUUUAAAACCGCUCGAAGUGCCAUUACUAGUUGUUGCCAAUUUGUUAUUGCAACCUGCAGAAGUCUAUCUAACACAAGGCGAUACAAUAUUUUUACAGGUCUUACAAGUAAGAAAGGGACGUAUUCAUAAAGUGGAUUUAAGGCAUGGGCAAUAUUAUUUGGAAGCAGAGGAUGAUGAGAUUAUUAAAUUAGAUAAUGCUCUAGUGACUGGAGUAAAAUAUGGAGAGUCUAAAGUAUUUGUUAAAGAUCAUAAUUCCAAAAUUAUGGAUGAAACCAUUGGUGUUGAUAUACCAAAGUUGCCAGAGGGAAAAGUAAUUGUAACUCACCCUGAUAAAAUUCGACUAACUCUGCAACCAUAUGAUAAUUGGAUAACCAUUGUGGGAAAAAAAUAUAUUAUUACUGCAGAAUUAUAUACUAGUGAGGAUCAAAAAAUUCAUAUUGGUGAAGGAGUUCGAAUAAAAAUAAGUGUUGACGAGAAACUCUUCAAUAUUGUGAGUUCAACUAUCAAUGGUAGUUUCGUAGAAGGUAUACCUUUAAAAAGAGGUUCAACAAAAGUGUAUGCUGAGCUUUUACAUAUUGCAGCACCUGAUGGAAAGACUUACCGGCCAUCUAAAUUAGUAGCGACGGCUGAAAUGUUGAUAUAUGAUCAAAUAAGCCUUAUACCUCCUGAAGUUAUAUUGCCAUGGGAUCCUCUAAUUCGUUCAAGAUUUGAGGUUCAAAUGGAAGCUUCUGGCGGAGAUGGUGAUUUUAUUUGGUCUUCAGAAGAUCCAUCCACCGUUGCAGUGUCUCAACAUGGUCUCAUAACUUCUUUAAACCUUGGUUACAGCAAAAUCAAAGCAGCUAUGAGCAGGAAUUCACAAAAUUAUGAAACUGCAGAUGUUUAUGUAAUUACACCCAUGGAUUUGCAAAUAGUUGAUUAUAUUUUGGAAGUACCAGUGGGCUCUGAAUUAAAUCUACAUGUUGCAUUAUUUGGAAUGAAGCAGCCUAGCGAGUCGAAUGAUGUACCAAUUGGUGAUAAAUUACCUUUUUCUGAUUGCUAUACACUGCCUUUGCGAGUAGACUUUGAUGAAGAUAAUUUUGUUGUUGGUGGCUCAGGCAAACCGGAACCAAGCACAAUCGGAAUCUCAUGUGCCUCAUUAACAAUAAAAGCAACAUCUCCCGGUGUAUGCAAAGUAUCUGUUUAUUAUGAUUUACCCAAUGGAAAAAAUGUUAAUGAUACUAUUAUGGUCUCUGCUUUCAAACCGUUAGAAGUUAUAGAACCUGUCUCAGCAUACACAGUUUUAGCUGUUGGGUCUUCUAGAAAUGUAAUAUUUUCAGGUGGACCAAGACCAUGGUUGGGACGACCAACUGAACAUGUUUAUUCUGUUGAUUCUGAUGGUAGUGGGAAAAUACAAGUGUUGGAAAAUAUUGAGUACACUUCAGCUGGAAGAUCUGGAAUUUAUGUCUAUAAUGUCCUAUGUAAAGAGAUUGGCGUACAAACAUUGACAUUUUCAGUGGGGAACAAGCCAACAUUACCUAAUUGCCACCACAAAUUUUCUGAAACAAAGAUUUCAGUUUUAUGUGCCAAACCUAGAUCAGUACAUUUAGUACCUGUUUUAAAUAGUCGUGAUCCAACAUCUUGUCCCAUGGAUGUUAAUUCUGAAUCUGUCGUUCAGCACAAUUAUAAAGACAUUCAAAUUGAAAUAGAAGUACGAGAUAAUUUAGGUAGAAAAUUUGAUAAUGUGUCUUCACUCAAACUUGAUUGGAAUAUAGAUCCAUGCCAGUUAAGUUCAUGUACCGAGCUUACUGAUUUUCAGUCACCGGUGAAACUUGUUCAUGGUGUUGAAGUUCCAGACAAAUUUCUACAAAUUCUUCCAACUCGUGGAAAAUCGGGUACCUUAAAGGUUCAUUGUAAUAUACGAACAUAUAAAACCCAUAUUUUGAAAAAAUUGCAUAUCACUGCAGAAUGGCCUGAGUUUGGUAUAGAAAAUAGUAGAGGAGUACUUGAAACGCCACUGAUUCAUGAUAGUAUUACUUUAUAUCUCUCAAGUGAUACUGAAGUAAUUCCAAAUAAUAUAACUUUGUUUAACCACCCAAAUAAUAAGGGAAAAGUUACUGUUAGUCAAGGUUCAGGGUAUUUUGAACUCCAAUUAACUAGUGAGGAUGUAGCUAAAGUAAGUUUUGAUGUUAGCAAGCAUGAAUUGACAAUUCAACCAAAGAACAAAGGUAGAUUGCGAGUAGAUUUAGUUGACUUAUGUCUUUCAUCUCAAACUCCAUCUUUGUUCAUAAAUAUUGUUUCAAUACAUACAAUAUUGGUAGAUAUGCCAGAUCGAGUUGAAAAAGGUCAAUGCAUAAAGGCUAUUGUUAAAUUACUUGAUGAGUUUGAUGAACUUAUGCCUUUACCGGAAGAACAUCUGCUUAAUCUACGCCAUGUUUUGGACAGUGAUAUUGUUCAUGUCAAAAUGGCACCUAGGGAUCCUUUAGAGCCAUGGGGCACAGGAGAAGUACAUUUUAUCGUAACUGGUUUAGAAAUUGGUGAUACUAAACUUCUAUUUAAGUCUGGAUAUGAAAAUAGGCAAGUUGAAAGUGACCCGUUAAAAGUGCAAGUAUUUGCACCAUUGAAAGUGUUUCCUAGAAACAUGACAUUGAUAGUUGGAUCUAGCAUGCAGAUACACCUUACAGGUGGCCCUAGUAUUGAUAUGUCUGUAGAAUUUAUUACUGACAAAGAUAAAAUAGCUGAAGUAAAAUCUGGGAUAGUAACAGGUCUUGCAAUUGGUCAUACAAGAAUAUCUGCAAGAGCAGUUGGUUUUAAUCCAUCCAUGGGGACAAUGGUAACAUAUUCCCAAGAUACUGUUGAUGUUUAUGUUAUACCAUUAUCUGGAAUCAAAAUUCACACACCUUUGGUUCAAGCUGAGGUUGGAGCUAUUAUUCCUUUCUGGAUUAGUGGAUCUCCCGAUUCUAUAAGCCCAAUGAUAUUAGGAUCUAGAAAUCCUCCAUUGAAAGUUGUUUGGGAAAUUACUGGUCCCGAUGCUGGUGUUGCAAGUAUCAGAAAUGUGUUUCAUAACACUGGUAUAGACUUUGAUGAUUCGAAUCAAAUUAGUGUACGUGUUGUAGCUGUAAGACCUGGUAAAGUUCAAAUUAAAGCUAAUAUGAAUGUUCCAGUAUCAGUUGGAAUUUGGAGAAAUGAUAAUGUUCUCACUUCUGUUAUUGAUUUGGAAGUAAUUACACCUUUGAAAUUGAUUUUUCCGUCUUUAACAAACAAUUAUAUCUUAAUUGCUCCAGAUACUAAAAUAAAUCUCCAAACUAAUAAACAAACUAGAAGCCGUAUUACAUAUUCUAUUCAAAGCUGGGAAUCUCAUGGCUCAAAUAUACCAUCUGAGUUGACCGUUAGUAAAACUGGAGUAUUGGAAUCCAAAGUUCCAGGUAUGGGGUUACUUGUAAUUACAACCAAAGAAGAUAAUGGGGCCCAACAAGCUUUAGGUGUUACAGUUGAAUGUAAGCCUGUGCAUUAUAUAAUGACUGACAUUUUAUCUCCUUUGAAAUUGUCGGAAAGAAGCAAGAAGUUGCCUCGUGGUUUGAGUUUAACAAUGGCUUUAACUUAUCAUGAUAACUUAGGAAGAAAAAUGCAUGCUAGUUCAUGGGCACCUAGUAUUGAAAUAAACAGAAUAGACCGGGCCAAUAUAGCUCUUAGACCUGAUAAUAAGACUUUUAAAGUUGAUUUACUUUUAUCAGGAGAUACAAUGUUAAUGGUUUCUAAAAGUGGAGAUGGAAAGCAAUUAAUUGAUUAUAUAAAAUUAACUGUGAGUGACUCGCGUUCACCUGUUUCAAACCACAGUUCAUUUACUGUUGGAGAUGUUAUUUGUUUCAACACACAAUUAACAGUUGAUAACGGUUACUGGUUUUCUUCAGAUCCUUCAGUAGUAGACAUAGAUGCCAAAACUGGUAUUGCCCGCAUGUUAAAAGAAACAACUUCAUCAGCGACAAUAAUGUUUAGUUUGAAUGAUAUCACAAUUUAUAAAGUUGAUGUGACCAUUCAACCCGUAAAAGUUAUUUCUUUGGUUCCAUUUGAAAUGCUUUAUUUUACAGGAGAAAUGAUGAAUGUUAAUUUUAUUCUUAAUGCAGAAGGGCAAAAUAGGUCAUCAAAUUUAGUUUGCAAUAAGGACAUUGUUCAAAAAAUGCAACCAAGAAUUGGACCAAGUACUGAUUUGUUUAGCUGCCAUUUGACUACCGAUGAUCCCAAAGUUGCAGGGUUCUUAGAAAAAAUAUAUGCUGUUCCAAGCUUUAAUUUUACUAGUGGUCAUUAUUCAUGUUCAUUAUCAUCUACUUAUCCAGUUACCAAUGUUUACGCUGAAUUAACUAUUACUUUAACCAUAAGAUCAGGAUCUAUAGUAUCUACUAUAAAUAACAUUAAGUUACUGCCACCAGUUCAAAUAACACCAAAGGAAUUAUUUAUGCGGGAAACUGGUAGUACGUUUCUCACAAUAACUGGCCAUGAUUUGGCUUUGAAUGCAAUUGAUAUAAAAGCAAGUCAUCCAAAAACGAUUAGUGUUGAUAAAUAUUCUGCUUCGCUGGGUCAAAUUCGUUACCGAGUUUAUGUAAAAAACUAUGAAUACGCCAACAUAGUUGUACCAUACAUAUUUAUCACAUUCUCAGUGACAAAUCAACAUUUUCAAAUUCCUGUACAUUUGAAAGAUGUUCCUGAGUUUUGCUACUUGGGAACUGGAAGUCCACUUGUGGCUUUAUUGUAUUAUUAUAGAUACCCUCUAAUGUUUCUUGCUACAAUAUUAGCAUUAAUUCUUGGAUCUGUCUAUAUCCAUGCCAGUAAAGUUCAGAAAAAGACCUGUUCCGGACAUCCUGGUAUAACUUGUGAUCCAAAUUGUCCAGCUCAUUUAGACAAAUCUAAUCCAGGAUUAUUUAAUAAAAGUAAUAUAAGAUCAAACAAUCUAGAAUCUUCAUCAAUUGGGCAAAGCUCUUUGCAUGAUCGAAGUAUGGGAAAUCAAUCACCAAUAGGAAACAGAUUUAAUUCCAGUUUGCUGGCGAGUGACAAUAGCCCAGUUUAUGGAGAUGCUACAUAUUACCCUUCACCAGAAGCAAGAAGAAAUCGACGAUUUAUUUAAUAGGUUACUACUAUCAUUGUUAAAUAUGCAUUUAUAUCAUUUUCUAUCUUCAUUUCUAGUCAGAUACUACAAUUAUUUUGAACUUAAUUUUAUUAAUACUCAUUCAUAAUACUUGUUUAUUUUCUCAUGGUUUUCAUAAAACAAUAUUUCUUCUUUAUAUUUAUUAUAAUAAAUAAAUAUGUGAGGGCUUAUU